AUGCUGAACAGAUCCUUGACUUUGGGCUUCAGGCCUGUGGCCAACCCGUGGACAUCCCUGGCACUGCGUGGUAUCCAGUACAAAUGCUUCAGUGUAUCUUCUGCACGCAGUUUUAGUGCUGUGUUCGCCGAGACUAAAAAUCCUCAGUUGAACGAAAUUCUCACAGAAAUUCAAGAGAAGAUCAUUCUCCCUGCCCACCUACCAGAGAAAGCGAGGAAGCUCGUUUUCAAUCCCAAGAAGAGCGACUACAUCCUGCGAAACCCCGUCACCAUCGAAGUCGAUGGGCUCGAGCACACUUUCAAGACUAUUGAUCGAUUCCACGAUGUCCCAAACUCGAUGAAGGCUUUUGCAGAGGCAACAAAGCUCAUGAAAACCAAGGAGGAAUGGGAUAACAUAAGCACCCUGCUUGCCGGCUAUAAGAAAGCUGGAAUUAGACUCAAACGCUGGCAUGCCGACGCUGUGACUCGACGUGCAGGCCAUGAUAGGCAGCCGUAUGUGGUCAUUGAAUGCGCUCAGCAAGUUGAAAAGACAGGACUCAGUUUACAGCGCGACAGUACUGUCAUCCUGCUGUUGGGAUCCAUUAACCGUAAGAUCAUAUCCCCGAAAGGAGAGGAGAGCGAGACUCAACAGGCUUUGAAGUGGAAUAAAAUGGUCUGGGAUAUCAUUCAGCGCCCUGAGCAUCUUGCUAAGAACACACCCCCUCGCCCAUCUGCAGUCAAGGAGCAGCAGGCAGCCGAAGCUCCUGUGGAUGGCCUGAUCCGAGAGCUUCGAGACAAUGUUGAGUUUAUCACCAGCGCAUGGGCUGAACGAGAAUCCGAUGACUUAACAAGCUCGCCCUAUCUGAAUUCUAUCAAUAGCCGAGUCAAGCCCAACAGCGACAACUACGUCCGCGAAAGGCAACACAUUUCUCCUUUCAACUACAUUUGGGCUAUUGCCCAGAACAUAAGGGCGAUAGAACUAGCACAGGACAUCAUCGGUCAAGAUGCCAAAGACCUGCAGCCUGUCCACGAUCUAAUGGAAAAACACAUCGAAGAUUUUGUGAUGAUGAGUCCGGAUAAUAACUCCUUUGGCUGGGACAUCGCGUAUGAAAGAGUCACAGGCCGACAGCCCAGCUGGAAACAGCAUUUGCCUGCUGCGCCCCGCUUUAGGAACGAUGUAGAGGAUAACUAG